AUGAGCCCGGACAACCAGACGACGGAUAAUUCGCGACAAGGCGUUGAAGCUUUGAAUUCAAAGAAUGACCGAGACGGGUUGACGGCAGCUUCCUUUGCAGAAUAUUCUUCAAAACGGGACCGACAACCGUUUCAAUUUAUGAAUUCACCUGCGAAACGUACAAAAAUUUCUAGCCUGUCUGGACAUGUUAGCCCACCGCUCUCUAGAGUAAAGAGUCAAAACCGACUAGUAGACAACGAGUUUGAUCCAUUUCGUAACACUCAAUUGUUGGAUGCUAGCAACGGGUUGCCACGGAAGAAUUAUAUUAAGGACAGCGAUAGAGGGAAUAGCCUUCGUAGAACGGUGCGACUUGCUGCUGGAAUAGAUGCUGUGACAGAAGCUGCAGCAGAAAAUUUGACAAUAUCUGACCGACAUGAGGACUCUACCAACCCGAGUCAUCUGCAUAUGACGAAUAAAGGCAUACGAUUGUCGAAGGCACCACCCUUCCCGAUUGGAUUUGAAGAUACCGAUGAGUCCCCCUUACCGCCGACUGUGAAGCAAGGACAUGCAUCUCCCGAUACCAUCAAGAGAGGACUCGAAGAAAUAUACAGCAGUGGAAAACGAAAGGCGCAUCAUGAGGGAAUUGAUUUUGGGAGCACACCCGAGUCCCCCACACGGAAACUACGUCUGAACAGCUCAAGGGACCUUACGGAUCAUUAUUAUCCUGCCUUAUACACAAGUAUCAAAGACAAGGGUCAUCGCAUGUUCCUUGAGCACCGGGAGGCUCUUCAACGGGAGGUUAGUCUCUUGGGGGACGAAUUAGUUGUGGAAAGGCGGAAGGCAUCGAUUGGGAAAGGUCUAAAAGCGGCGGUGUCGCCUUCUAACGAGAUUUUCGGCUUCAUCACUCAGUGUCUUGACGUUAAUGAUGAGGAAAUCACCCGUAACUUAGCCACGGUCCAGGUUGCCAGGGAACUGGAGACUGGCCUUCGUUCUACACUGCCACGAGCGGAGAUUUCAUCGCAAUAUGGGGUGAGAGAUCUAUCUACAUUAACAUUUACAAACUACAACAAUUCUGCACAAGACCUCAAUCCGGGCUCCCUGAAUAGUCGUUCUCUCCAGGGGUACUCUCACGAAAGUUUACUACAUUUCAAAGCAACCAUGGAGGUUGUUCUGAUAGCCGGUCCUAUCGUUAAUAGUCUCAAAGUUGAAUGCAGCGACUGGGCGCGGAUGGAGCUGGGGCACACCCUUUCGAGGCUUUCUGCGGAACGGAAUAUCAGUACAGCACUUUAUUCCAUAUCUUCAUAUGCCGCUCUAGCGAGGAGACGGGCAGAAUGUUGGGUCCUUUUGCAAAACCAGUUUCCCAAAUUAAUCCCAGCGACUACCCAGCCUGAGCCAAGUUUAAAGCCAACUCAGCCGUCGGAAGACGGCUCUAAAGUUGCGCGGCGAUUGCUUGUUGCCAAUCUGCCGCGAAGGAAGAUGACAUUUCAGGGCCGAAACGCUUUUUCGAACGCGCCCAUUUCAUCCGAGACCGAAGUUUGCUUAUAUUGGCACAUCAACGUCAAGACGACUGGAGAAAGUUAUAGUAAUGUUUCAGCGAAUAUUAAAGUCCUUUCAGGCGACUCUGGUGAAAUACGGGUUACCCAGCAAAUGUCAAAUCUCUUCAAGGUGAUUGUCGGUGAAUACGGCUUUAUGGAAGGUUCAUCAAGACUCCUUGACACUAUUUUUGGAAAUUCUUAG